CACCCCAGCACUGCCCGCCCUGCGCCUGCGCUGCGCCCGUGCCCCAGCCCGCAGAGCAUGGGGCGAGACCAGGCUGGUGAGACAGGGCCGACGGGGCCCAGGAGCCCGCCCGUGGCUCCUUAGCAAGGGGCACCCAUCCCCGUCCCCCAUCCUGCUCCCCGACCCCCCGGGAGAGGGGCCUAUGGGUGGCGGACGGAGGGAUGCUCGGCCGGGCAGCUGGCAGGAACAGCUACAGCCCCUACUCGGCAGGGCGCCGCAGGACGGGUAAAGCCCACUUGCCCAAACGCUCCCUGGACUCGCUGCCCCACGCGCCCGCCGUGUGGCUGACGGACCUCUCCCGCAAGGAUUGCCUGGAGACGCCCAGCUCCAGCCUGGGGGAGCUGCCCCCCGCCAGCUCCAAACUCAGCACCAGCCCCAGCACCGUGGGCACCAUCAAGCGCCCCACCAGCCUCAGCCGCCAUGCCAGCGCCGCCGGCUUCCCCCUCACCCCGGCGGGCCCCAGGGCCGUGCCCAAGGGCCACAAGACCCCCAUGUCCUACAGCCCCAUGGAGGGCGGGGAGGGCCUCUUCAUCGACACGGAGGACAUCUCCCAGCUGCUGACAGAUGUGGCGCGCUUCGCUGAUGCCCUGGAGAACCUGCGGGACGUGGUGCUGCGCGAUGACCCCAAGGAGCCGCAGCGGCCGCUGGCCCACGAGUGCCUGGGCGAAACCCUGCGCAUCCUGCGCCAGGUCAUCAACAAGUACCCACUGCUCAACACCCUGGAGACCCUGACAGCCGCCGGGACCCUCAUCUCCAAAGUCAAGGGUUUCCAUUACGAAUCCAACAAUGAGACGGACAAGCGGGAGUUCGAGAAGGCCGUGGAGACCAUCGCGGUGUCCUUCAGCAGCACCGUGUCCGAGUUCCUCAUGGGGGAGGUGGACAGCAGCACCAUCCUCUCCAUCCCACCCAGCGACCAGAACCAGACUAUAGAGAGCCUCUACGGGGGGAUCCCCGGGCCUGGAGGAGAGAGCAUGCCUUCGGGUGUGGAAAGCUAUGACACAGGCCGCCCUCCUGCCGAGGAAGUGGACGUGAUGCUGCAGCGCUGCGAGGGGGGGGUGGAUGCUGCCCUCCAGUAUGCCAAAAACAUCUCCAAGUACAUGAAGGACCUCAUCUGCUACCUGGAGAAGAGGACCACGCUGGAGAUGGAGUUUGCCAAAGGGCUUCAGAAGAUGGCAAACAGCUGCAAGCAAACCAUCAGUCAGGAGACCAACAUGCCUUUCCUGUCCAUCUACCUGCUGGCCCUGGAGCAGGAUAUGGAGCACGGGACGUCGGUCCUGCAGGCUGCCAUCACCCUGCAGAACCAAACCUUCCUCCAGCCGCUGACGCUGAGACGCCUUGAACAUGAGAAACGGAGGAAGGACAUCAAGGAGCAGUGGCACCGGGCGCAGAGGAAGCUGCAAGAGGCAGAGGUCAACCUGCGCAAGGCCAGGCAGAUAUACAUGCAGCGCAGCGAGGAGCACGACAAGGCCAAGUACAUGGCAGUGAAAGCAGAAGAAGAGCAGCAGAACACCACCAGCAGCAUCACCACCAAAACCCUGGACAAGAAGAGGCGGCUGGAAGAGGAAGCCAAGAACAAGGCAGAAGAGGCGAUGGCCACAUAUCGGACCUGUGUUGCGGAUGCAAAUACCCAGAAGCAGGAGCUGGAGGACACCAAGGUGAACUCCUUGCGGCAGAUCCACGAACUGAUCAAACAGAGUGACCAGGUCAUCAAGACGGCCACAAUCUCCUUCUACCAGAUCAUGCACAUGCAGACGGCUCCACUGCCCGUCAACUUCCAGACACUGUGCGAGAGCAGCAAGCUCUACGACCCUGGGCAGCAAUAUGCCUCUCACGUCAAGCAGCUGCAGCGAGGGGAUGAACCUGACAUCCAGUACGACUUCGAGCCCUACGUGUCACAAAACGCCUGGUCCCCCUUUACUCGGACACGGAAAGGCAGCUUCAACGCCAACGACUUCUCCACGAGCGCUGGCCCUGACGGGGCUGGGCUGCCCAAGGACGGGUCCGUCUCGGAAGGAGGAGCGGGAGCCAAGGAGCAGCAAAGCGGGGCUGCGGUGGCUGAGCGGAGAGGUGGGAGGGGACACCAGGUCCACAAAUCCUGGCCAACCUCCAUCACUGAAGCUGACAGCAGCCUGGAUUCAAACGCAGGUGAAUUCAGCCAUAAACUCCAGCGGUUGUCUUCCAACGGCACCAUGUCCUCCAGCGAAGAGCUCGAAGAGAAGGAUGAGAACGCCACCCCCUUCGAGCAGAGCAUCAACGGGAUCACACCAGAGAUGACGGCUCCAACAGGGCCCUUCCGAAACGUUGGCUUAUCCAAGGCUGCCCAGACUCAUCGGCUGAGGAAGCUCCGGACCCCUUCCAAGUGUCGGGAGUGCAACAGCUACGUUUACUUCCAGGGAGCAGAAUGCGAGGAGUGCUACCUGGCCUGCCACAAGAAGUGUCUGGAAACCUUGGCCAUCCAGUGCGGGCACAAGAAACUCCAAGGGAAGCUGCAGCUUUUUGGGCAAGACUUCACGAAGGCUUCUCAGAGUAGCUCGGAUGGCAUUCCCUUCAUCAUCAAGAAGUGCAUUUCUGAGAUUGAGAAGCGGGCACUGAAAACCAAGGGCAUCUACCGAGUUAAUGGUGUGAAGACCCGCGUGGAGAAGCUUUGCCAGGCAUUUGAGAAUGGGAAGGAGCUGGUGGAGCUGUCCCAGGCCUCCCCUCAUGAUAUCAGCAACGUCUUGAAGCUCUACCUGAGACAGCUGCCGGAGCCCAUUAUGCCCUUCCGCAUGUACAACGAGCUGAUGGGCCUGGCCAAGGAGAGCUUACAGGGCGGCGAGGCCAAGGGCAAGAGCGGGAAAGGGGGCCCUGAGCUGGUGGACAAAGGAGCCGACACGGACAAGGUGGUGGUGAACCUGGUGCUGAAGCUGAAGGAGCUGCUGAAGGAGCUCCCCUGGGAGAACAUGGCCACGCUCCAGUACCUCCUGCAGCACCUGAGGAGGAUCGUGGAAGUGGAACAGGACAACAAGAUGACCUCAAGCAACCUGGGCAUUGUCUUUGGGCCAACACUGAUGCGCCCAAGGCCCACGGAUGCCACUAUUUCCUUGUCCUCGCUGGUUGACUAUCCCCACCAAGCUCGCAUCAUCGAGGCGCUCAUCAUCUUCUAUUCGACCAUCUUUGAGAACAAGGAGACCGCGGCGCUGGGCGACCCCAGCAAAUACGCCACGGACAGCAAGGAGGAGGUGUCCAGCCGCUCUGACCUGGCCGGCGCAGGCUCGCCCGCAGCUCCUCCCGGCAGUGUCCCCUACCUAGAGCUGCCUUCAGAGAAGGGGAAUUUGGAUUACAGCACCGACUCAUUCGCAGGGUCUGGCGACCGCUUCGCUGACUCCGACUCCGAGCUGGAGGACAGCGGGGAGCUGCUGACCGCCGCGGACGGGGGCCCACGGACCCAGCUAGCGAAGCAGGAGAGCGAGACCAGCACCGACGAAGCUCAGUUCUGCGAUGACGGGAGCGAGGGGCAGCGGAGCCGGAGCUGCAGCAUGGGCCAGUCAGACGCCGAGAGCGCCGCUCCCUGCUGCCGCAGCCCCCGGGGGGAAGAGCAAAGCGAUGCAGAAGAAUACCCUGAGAGACGCCUUUCCACCGCCGACACGGACUACAACACAAACCAGUCCAACAACGCAUCCGUGCCUGCCGCUGCCCGGCAUCUGGCAGCCAGCUGCCGAGGCGGCCGCGAGCAGCAGCCCCGCUUUAUCUAAGCCACGGAACAAAAGUACUGCGGGCGCUGGGACGGGGCAAAGGGACAAAAACCCAGAAACUACCUGGGUGUAAUAACUUGUAAAGCUGUGAUGUCGAGGGGUGGGGAGGGGCAGCGCGGAGCCACGGGCAGCGCGGGGGGUUCGGUGUGUCAGCUGCAGGCAAGUCCGCGCCGGUUCGUGGCUGGAGCUUUCACACAAAACGCCGGAGCCCCUCGGCGGGGAAAAUCGGGUCAGUCUGCCGCGGCUGCAGGGAGCCUCUGCUCAUCCCAGCAGCCCACAACGCACAUUUGGGAAGGAGCUGAAGCCGGGCAGCCCCUUCGCUUGUUGUUCCAGGCUGGGAAGGAACCCAGGGCUCUGCCGUGCCCGCGCCAGGUCACGGGCUUAGUUUUUGCCGCGCUCCCUAAUCCCGCGCCUCAACUGCAGAAAUUGAGACAGGAGAGUCAAAGCAGCUGAUCAUCCUCGCUGGCUGCGGCUGAGACGAGGCUGCCGGGAGGGGACGUCGGGAGCGUCCCCAGCAGCGGGCAGGAGAAGCGCACUGCAGCGAGGCAGAGGCGCUGCACGGACAGACGGACGCCGCCGAGCGCCGCGCGCGCAGGCUGGCUCUGCCGGCCCGGGGAACAGCUCAGCGGGAAGGGACGACAUGGCCAGAGGAGCGCUGGGUUCGGCAUAGCCGGGCAAAAGCCACCCGCACCGUCUCGCACAGAGCCGGCCUCGGCUUUAGGGCCGCGGCUGCACCCUUUGCCAGGCCCCGCAGGGCACAUUUAUCGUCCGUAACUGACUGUACCAGACACCCAAAGUCCAGCCAGGGAUUUACCGCCUCAGCACCUCCAAGCAGCACCCGCGAGGUGCCUUUCCCGGCGCGGCUGACAAGGUUUGCGUCGCUGCUUCUACUGAUGGGCGCUUUUUCUCCUUGGCAGGAGCCGUGCAAAGAGCAACCCGCGGGCUGCGAGCAAGCUCUGGGGAGAGGAUUUCCUGGCUGCAGGGCCCUGAGCAUUGCCUGAUUUCUUGGGGUGGGGGUGGGGGGGUUUAUAGGCGUUCGGUCACAAAAAUCUAAGCUGCGAGGCCAGGACUAUACCUUUGCUCUUCCAGCUGGCCCCGAGAGAGCAGGUCACCAAGGGGAGAUUCCUCCUCCUCAGGACCGCCACGGCCCGAAUCGAGUCCAGCCCCUGCCAGUGUAAGAGGCUUUUCUUCUUUUUUUGAGAAGAGAUAACUUUUCAACGUGAAUCCACUACCUCUGCUGGCAAAGGAACUUAAAGGGUUAAACGAGACCAGCCAAAGUAUCUUGUUUAAAGCUACAAGACUUUUCUGCACUGAAGCAUAGAGAAACGAAAGUAGAUUUUAAGCUUUGAAAGAGCUGAAAGCCCUCACCACUGAGCUGGACCCUCGGCCCGGGAGGGCGCACGACGAGCAAGGACCAAGAGCUCCCGGCCAGGGGCGGGUGCGCGAGGGCACCUCACACACAAGCAAGCUGCAGCCCACAGCUCCUAAGAAAUUGCACAAAUUGAAGGGUUUUGUUUUUUUUUCUAAUAAUUAGCCAGACCCUUCCUCGGCGGGAUGCUGGACCUCGCGGUCUGCGCGCUCACGCGUCAGGCCUCGCCGCUCCGGCUCCGAGGAGCAUCCGCCGCAGCGGGACAGCGAGGGGCAAGGCAGAGGCAGAUCUCCGGCCAGGGAAGCCACGCGGGAGCGAUGCUGCAGCCGAAGAUACGCCGAGCGGCGUCGGGAGGGUUACGCGCACCUCGUCACCGCAGAACCGGGCCGCCAGCCAGGCGUUUGGCCCCUCAGCGGAUCAGCCUCCAGCACGGGGGCGGGGGGCCUGGGCUUCACAGCUCCCAGAGCUCUCCGAGACUACCUGGAAACGCAUCUCGGCGUAGUAGGUUAAAGGUACACAAAAACCAAAGUUAAUUUGCAGCUAAAUGGUUUAUAACUGAGCCAAAGAAGAGCUCGAGAUUCCUGUGAGACAGUCUGUUCCGCAGCUCUUCAACAGGACGGUUGGAUUUUUCCGGCAGGUCAUUUCCACGGUAGCAAGAGGAACGAGGCCGACCGUCCUCUCUUGCUACAGCACUGCUACCACGGGCGGUACCACGUGUGUUUGCGAGGAUGGAUGACAGUGAAUGCGAGUGAGGGAAGGGAGAAAAGCUACGCUUGAGCUUCACAUGGUAACGGCACCCUUCUAUUUGUGUAUUAAUUCAGCGUGUAAAAAGUAAAGCGUGUUUGUUAAGAGAUGCCUGUUCUGCUGUACGAAGCUGUGUUAUGUUUUUGCUGUGUUCAGAUUGACAUGCUUCAAAAAAAAAAAAGGAGAAAAAAUAAAAUCAAUGUGUUCCAACCCGUGUCUGUCCUGGAAAUCAGAGUCUUCCAGACUCGCACGCCCAUGGCUGCAGGGGGCUAAGCACGGUAAGGAAGUGCUCCAAGUACUUCUAGCAAG